AUGAAAGGCUUUGAUGAACGUCUUGUUCAGUACAAGAAUGGAAGCGUUGAAUAUGAGACGCGGUCAUGGUUACAGCUCUUGGCAGUGUUCCUGCCUGACCAUCGCUACAGAAUCGUCUGUAUAGCAUUGCCAUCUCAAGAGGGGCUGCAGUGCCACUUGCUGAGAAUUUUUGGUUCAGGAGCUGGCAGACUCCACAGGGGGAAGCUGGGCAGGUAUCCUCCAUGGCCAGGAAAGAUUGUUAAUCCACCUAAAGAUCUGAAGAAACCUCGUGGAAAAAAGUGCUUCUUUGUGAAGUUUUUUGGAACAGAAGAUCAUGCUUGGAUCAAAGUGGAGCAACUGAAGCCUUAUCACCCUCACAAAGAGGAAAUGAUAAAGAUUAACAAGGGUAAGCGCUUCCAGCAAGCUGUGGAUGCUGUAGAGGAGUUUCUUAGAAAAACCAAAGGCAAAGACCAGGCGUCUUCCCAUAACUCCAAUGAAGAGAAGAAUCGACGUAAUUCCAGUGAAGAAAGAAGCAAGCAAUCUGCUGGUGAAGAGAAACGCAAAGCCAGUUUGUCUGAAGGGAAGGUGAAGAAGGGCACAGGGGAAGGAAAAAAGAGGGUCUCUUCUGUAUCGUCAGAGAGAGGAUCAAAAUCACCUUUGAAAAGAGCCCAGGAUCAGAGCCCCCGAAAGCGGGGGCGUCCACCCAAGGAUGAGAAGGACCUCACAAUCCCAGAGCCAAGUACAGUGAAGAGAAUGAUGACUGGAACAGUGGCUGGAUUUAAAUGGCCGCCAAGCGUCAGUGAGCCUGUGAAGCACAGUGAUCCACACUUUCAUCACUUCCUGCCGAGCCAGACAGAGAAGCCAGCUGUCUGCUAUCAAGCCAUCACAAAGAAGCUGAAGGUUUGUGAAGAGGAAACAGGAUCCACCUCCAUCCAAGCAGCAGACAGCACGGCAGUCAAUGGCAGUAUCACGCCUACAGACAAAAAGAUAGGAUUUCUGGGACUUGGCCUCAUGGGAAGUGGCAUUGUCUCCAACUUGCUGAAGAUGGGUCACACUGUCACUGUCUGGAACCGGACUGCUGAGAAGUGUGAUUUGUUCAUCCAGGAGGGGGCUCGGCUGGGAAGAACCCCCGCUGAAGUUGUGUCCACCUGUGACAUCACUUUUGCCUGUGUAUCAGACCCAAAGGCAGCAAAGGAUCUGGUACUUGGUCCGAGUGGAGUACUGCAGGGGAUUCGCCCAGGGAAGUGUUAUGUGGAUAUGUCCACCGUGGAUGCAGAUACAGUCACAGAGUUGGCCCAGGUGAUAGUGUCCCGGGGUGGUCGCUUUUUGGAAGCACCGGUCUCAGGAAAUCAGCAGCUGUCUAAUGAUGGGAUGCUUGUGAUCCUGGCUGCUGGCGACAGGGGUUUAUAUGAGGACUGCAGUAGCUGUUUCCAAGCGAUGGGGAAGACCUCUUUUUUUCUAGGUGAAGUAGGCAAUGCUGCCAAGAUGAUGCUGAUUGUGAACAUGGUCCAAGGCAGCUUCAUGGCAACGAUAGCAGAAGGACUGACUUUGGCUCAAGUGACUGGCCAGUCCCAACAGACCCUUCUGGAUAUCCUCAAUCAGGGACAACUUGCCAGCAUCUUCCUGGACCAGAAGUGCCAAAAUAUCUUGCAAGGAAACUUUAAACCUGAUUUUUACCUGAAAUACAUACAGAAGGAUCUUAGAUUAGCUAUUGCACUGGGCGAUUCUGUCAACCACCCAACUCCCAUGGCAGCUGCUGCCAAUGAGGUCUAUAAACGAGCAAAAGCAUUGGACCAAUCGGACAACGACAUGUCUGCAGUGUACAGAGCCUACAUCCACUAGGCUGCACCGUUCUUACUGUUAAUACUAUGGUUAUUGAUUAAUAUUAUUAUGAUACUGAGUUUUAACUCUGGACCAGUCCAUCUCUGUCUCUCCAUUUCCUUUUAUACACAGACUUUGAGAUCUGCCAUGGAGGCAGCUGCUGCGGUGAGCCUUCCCCUGGUGGCAGAAGGGGGGGAGGAGGGGGCUUGGAUUGUUACAGUCAAAUUAGAAAAAUCCAUGCCAUGCACUGACAGUCAUGGAACAGAACAGUGGCGGCUUGUUCAGAAGCUCUGGGGCAACUCUGCCAGAAAUCUGCUGCUUGGCUGCUUUUAUUUCCCUCUUUGUAUGCUUGUCCAAGAUGCUGUUUCUAA